AUGGAACUUACUGUCGAAGGAUUGGAUUUUACCAACAUAAUGUGUAAAGAACAUUCAGAACAAUCGUCUUGUCUUUUCUGUACAAAAUGUGACAAACUCGUUUGCCCUACUUGCAUUGCUAAUGUUCAUAAGAAACAUGAUCUAACUGAAAUAAGUCAUGCAUAUACCUUGAAGAUAAACAAACUGAAGAAAAGACAAAGUAAACUGCAAAAAGAAAAAAAUGAAAUUACUGCAACAAAAGAUCAAGCAAAUUUGCUUCAUGAUGCUGAAAAUUCAAGUUAUGCCAAAGUUAGUGCAGAUAUACUUAAAUAUGAACAAGUUUUAAAAGACGCAGUUGAAGAACAUAUAAAAAAAUUAAGAAAUGAGUUAGACCAGAACCACAAAGCCUGUACCAAAACAACUGAAGGAAGUAUCAAUGCCAUUUCUAAAAGUGAAAGACAAAUUGAUAAAAAGUAUAGUGAUAUUAAAGAUUUCAAUAAUACCACUGACAUUUCUAAAUUUUUCAAAGAAGUUUGUCAAAUGGAAAGAUCAAUAAAAGGGUCUGUCCCCAAACCUGAAAUAUCAUGUAAAAAAACACUACAAUUUAUUCCAGGAGAGAUAACUCAGUCUAACAUUGGAGUUCUACAAAGUGUAGACAUAUCAUUAACAGAAGUAAAUGUUUCUCUUAGUGUUGUUAACCAAUACCUGACUAAUCUUUCUGUGAAUGAUUGUUUAUCUCCAUAUCAUGAUGAUUCACUGUGGAUAGCUUGUGAACCAGAUGAAGUGCUACAGAAAGUGAAACCUGAAGUAACCAAUCUAAAAACAAUAUCAACCUUCAACCUCAAGGUCUAUGGUAUGGCAACAAUUGCAUCUGAUGAUUUACUUGUGUCAACAAUGAAAUCCAGACUACAAGUGAUAAGCAGUACCACUGGUAAAGUAACAGAGAGUGUGUAUGACAUUAAUCCCUUCCUUCCUACAGCAAUUCAUAUAACAAGUGAAGGUCAGGUCAUUGUAGGAGGUUAUGAUGUAAUCGAUAAAAGAGUAGCUGUGUUUGUGAUAAAUAAGAAUGGAGACCAUGAAUGUGUGUAUGAACAUGACCAACAUAAACGACCUAUAUUUGAUUAUCCCGCCAGUAUUACUACCACCAGUAAUGAUUAUAUACAUGUGUCAGACUAUGAUUCACAGGAAGUCUGUGGAAAAGUGGUAGUGUUAGAUCCAUCAGGUCAUGUAAUAAACGUUUAUAAAGGGGAUACAGAAAUCAAUAAGGAGGUACCAUUUGGACCAGAAGGAAUAGUGACAACACCAAAAGACAAUGUCAUUGUAGCUGAUAUUGAUACUCAUACCCUCUACAUUCUGAACAACUCUGGACAAAUGAUUACAUACAUGAAGACAACAGACAAUGGAAUAGCAUAUCCAAAUUCUCUUGCUUACACUCCAACAGGGCAGCUCUAUAUAGGAUGUUCUCUACAUGAAGACAGUACAGCCAAGGAUGCCAAACUAUAUAAAGUGAAUAUUUCAGGUUGCUGA